CCCGCCCCUUCCGGUCUGGCGGCCAAUGAGAGGCGCUGCGCGGACCCGGAAGGGCUCAGUUAGCGGGGAGCCGUCAUGGCGGGCGGUGGUGUGGGGGCUGCGCUCCUCCUGCUCCUCCUCAGCGCUGCUGCCGGCCCCGCGCGGGGCUGGGCCCAGCCGGACAGGGUGCUGCUGAGGGAGGUGCAGGCGCUCACCCUGCGCAGGGGUCAGUACACCACGUCCCGCCGCACGGCGGCCGUCCCGCAGUUGCAGUGCACAGGAGGCAGCGCUGGGUGCUCCCGCGCCCCUGAGGUUGUGCAGUGUUACAACAAGGGGUGGGAUGGAUACGACGUGCAGUGGCAGUGCAAAGCAGACUUGGAGAACACCCAUCGCUUUGGACAAAUUGAAGUGAGCUGUGAAGGCUAUGAUUAUCCAGAUGAUCCUUACAUCUUAAGAGGAUCCUGUAGUUUGCUGUUCAGGUUAGAGCUGACUGAGGAAGGUGAAAGGAAAGUGAAGAACUCUGACAGCUUCGGUUUCUAUCAGUCAAGGAAGGAUUCUUCUGAUUCCGGUGCUGGAGCAAUUGUUAUAAUUGUUAUUCUGGUUCUUGCUUAUGGAGUGUACAAGUUCUUCCUCAGUAACCAGCAGCCUCAGCAGACGUUUGGUGAUGGUGAUGGAUUCGCUCGUCCUUCCUGGCAGAAUCAUCAGGCACCUCCUCCUCCUGGUUUUAAGCCCAGCUUCACAGGAGGUGACAGAUCUGGGACUUGGUCCAGUCAUGAAAACAGUUCAGGACCAGGAUUUUGGACUGGAUUAGGAGCAGGAGGCUUGCUAGGCUACUUGGCUGGCAGUCACAGCAGAGCACAGCCACGGUCACAUUUCAGUAUGUGGACAGAUCCCCCAACUGCACCUCCAAUGUAUGGGCAGUCGAGCAACUCUACGCAAGGUAGCAGUACAGGAACAAGAACCGCUUCUGGCUUUGGGGGCACAAAACGAAGAUGAAAUCCUUGACGUUACUACAUCUAAGUUAUUUAACUAAACUGUCCUUUUCUGUGCUAUCCCCUUUUUUUUAUUAGCAGUAUGCUUCAAAAACAGCUGUGAAGAAAGGUGUAAAGAACUAGACAAAGCAUCUGUCUUUCCCACGUGGAAAUGUGGACCUUCACUCUGGUUUAGGGUAUUGCAGGUGCUGGAACAUAUAUUGUGUCACCACAAUGGCUUUUUCUCAUAAGAUACAAAAUAAACUGAUCCACCUUGAGAAGAACAAUGGUUCAGUUGCGUAUACCUGAUGGAUUAAUGCAAUAGUAGCCUUAGAUUUUCAGAGAAAGUACUGUUCUGGGGUCAAUUUCAUUUAAUCCAGAUUUUUUGUGGUUCUGUGUUUGGUUUUCAUUGUUUUGGUUUGUUUUUAGUGGCCCAGCAUCUGAAAUGCCUGAUGUAUAAUGUACCUGAUACCUAAGGGUAGCUGUUCUUUGAAACUACUGUUUGUCUGUGUAGGAUUCAUGUGAAUAUUAUUGUAAGUGCUGUCAGGCAGUCAAAUGGGGUUUUCUGUAGUGAAAGACUAAAAUUAAAUAUAUAGAGAAUAACGUUAAUCUAAUGUUUGUCUCUGUGCUGUGUGACUGUUGGAGACAAGACUUGCAGUUAUGAGGUCACACCAUGCCAAAGAAAUGUAACUUGAAGUAAGACAAGAUCUUGUCUAAUUUGGGCCUUUUUCUGGGGGACUAAGGUAAUUUAAAUAAAGAUGACUGUGGACACUUUGCCUACAA